AUGUCACGUUCCCCAAUUGAUAUGUCCUCUAAUCCAGUCUCGUACUCCAAGGACUCCACAGUUGUCGAUCUCGAGAAGUUCGGCUCAGGCCUCGAGGUCCGUCCCGCCUCCAGUGGCGAUGACGUUUCUUGCCACAACGUCGAGGACGGCAAGCACGAAGGUAUCAGAUUAAAGAAAGACCUUGAGGCGCGUCACGUGUCCAUGAUCGCUAUCGGUGGGUCGCUUGGUACCGGGUUGCUUAUCGGUACCGGUACGUCGCUGGCUGUCGCUGGCCCUGCCUCCAUCCUGAUCGCGUACGCGUUCGUCGGGAUGCUGGUGUACGUGGUGAUGAGUUGUCUCGGUGAGAUGGCCGCAUACAUCCCACUCGACGGUUUUACGUCGUACGCUUCUCGUUACUGUGACCCUGCCCUAGGUUUCGCCGUCGGCUACUCCUACCUUUUCAAGUACCUCAUCAUCACCCCCAACCAGCUCACAGCCGGUGCCCUUGUCAUGCAAUACUGGGUGUCACGUGACCGCGUCAAUCCUGGUGUUUGGAUCACCGUCUUCCUGGUGGCCAUUGUCUUCAUCAACACGGUGGGUGUACGUUUCUUCGGUGAGUUCGAAUUCUGGCUCUCCAGUUUGAAAGUCGUUGUCAUGCUUGGUCUCAUCCUUUUGCUUUUCAUCAUUAUGUUGGGAGGUGGGCCAAACCAUGACCGUACCGGUUUCCGUUUCUACCACGACCCAGGUGCAUUCAAGCCCUAUUCCGCGGCCAUCUCCGGCUCCAAGGGCAAAUUCGUUUCUUUCGUUUCCGUCUUUGUCUACGCCCUUUUCGCCUACCUUGGUACAGAGCUAUGUGGUAUCGUUGCUGCCGAGUGUAAAAAUCCUCGUCGUAACGUGCCCCGCGCCAUCAAGCUAACCCUAUACCGUAUUGUGGUUUUCUACAUCAUUUCCAUCUUGUUGCUGGGCAUGACUGUCGCUUACGAUGACCCUCUCUUGCUGACCGCGAAGAAGUCUUCCACUUCCGCAGCUGCCUCUCCUUUUGUCGUUGCUAUCAAAAACGCAGGUAUUAAAGUCUUGCCCAGCAUUUUCAAUGGUUGUGUGCUUGUCUUCGUUUUCAGCGCCUGUAACUCCGACCUAUAUGUCGCGUCCAGAUCCUUGUACGGUCUAGCCAUCGACCACAAGGCCCCUCAGAUUUUCGCCAAGACUAACAAAUGGGGUGUUCCUUACUACUCUCUCAUUCUGUGCGUUCUUUUCUGUCUUUUGGCAUACAUGAACGUUUCCUCGGGCUCCGCUCAGGUCUUUAACUAUUUUGUCAACGUCGUGUCCAUUUUUGGUUUGAUGAGUUGGAUCUCAAUCCUUAUCACUUACAUUUUCUUCGACAGAGCUCUCAGAGCCCAAUGCAUCGACAAAUCCACACUCUCCUACGCAUCUCCUUUCCAACCAUACGCUGCUUACAUUGCUCUUUUCUUUUGCUGUCUCAUCGGUUUAAUCAAAAACUUCACUGUAUUCUUGGGCCACACUUUCGAUUACAAGAAUUUCAUCACCGGUUACAUUGGUAUUCCUGUGUACUUCAUUUCUUAUUUUGGCUACAAGUGGAUCAAAGGCACUAAGAUUAUUCCUCCCGAAGAAGUUGAUUUGUACACAUUCAAAGAAGCCAUCGAUUUGGAAGAGGAGGAAGGUAAAAGAGAGGAGGAAGAGCGUAAGAUGAACAUGAAGAACGGCAGGAAGGAUUUCAACUGGUUCUAUCAAACUUUCCUAGGUUGGAUCUUCUAA